AUGGAAGGUCUUGAAUCUUUUGAUAAGGCUGCUUGGACAAAGGAAAUGUUGCAUAUAUUUUGUGAUAUAUGCAUUAAGGCAAUUGAUAUGGGAAUGAGACCUAAUACUCAUUUCGAUAAAACGGGGUGGAAAUUUCUUAUAACAUCAUUCAAAGAACAAACUGGCCAUGCAUUCACUAAAACACAGUUGAAAAACAAAUGGGAUGGAUGCAAAAAGGAUUGGAGGAUAUGGAAUAAGCUGGUUUCUGAAACUGGUAUUGGCUGGAAUAGUGAGUUAGGCACAAUUGCAGCUAGCGAUGAGUGGUGGAAACAAAAAAUCCAGAAUAAAUUUGACCGAAUGUAUUCCAACAUUGUCGCAACUGGAGCAUAUGCAUGGGCUCCUUCAUCAGGUGUACCUUCUGGUAGUGAUGUCGAUCCUGGUACAAGCAAUGCUGACAUUGCUCAUGAUGGUUUGGAAGAGGGCAGUGGUAAUUCGGAGGAAGAUGUGAUUCCAGAUUUCCAGACUAACAUGGCUCGAAUGGUUAGAGGGAUAAAUAUGUCUAACAGCAGCAACACAACAAGCGGUGGCAAAAGAAAAGAACGAGAUCAUUAUGAUGUGCGAGGUAGAAAGAAGAAAACAGCUGAAAUUGGUGUUCAGCUGCUGUCAAGGUGCAAUCAUCUACUUGAGAGUAUGUCGACUAAGAGUGAUUCGACUUCUUUGAAUAUGGAUCACGAAGGUUGUAGUAUUCGCGAGGUGAUGGAUGAGCUGCACUCAAUUCCUGGAGUUUCAAUUAAAGAUGAGUUUCAUGACUUCGCUACGGAGUAUCUCAGUUUAAGAAGGAAAAGAGAAAUGUGGGCCAGUAUGGGUGAUAAGCAAUAG